AUCACAGCCGACAAGCAGCAGUCAAGAUGUCGGCUCCGUCAGUCACUACCGCCACCGCCACCGCCACAGCCACAGCCACCGUGCAAAGCGCUCCGGCUCCGGCUCCGGCUCCGGCCACGAAUCGACACGACAGAACGAAGAAAGAGCAGGUCUCAUCUGACAGCCAGAGCGAUUGUUCCAACGAUUUCUUUUGGGCAUACACCGAGGAACCACACAAGACGAGAAGACAGGCAAUCAUCAAGGCACACCCAGAGGUCCUGAAGCUUUGCGGCCCCGAGCCAUUGACAAUUCCUCUUGUUCUCGCAGUCGUGGGACUUCAAAUUGCCUGCGCUUGUGCCUUGAGGAACACUCCACUAUUCUCUUGGCCUUUCUUUCUUACAGCCUAUGUCGUGGGGGCAACAGCAAACCAGAACCUUUUCCUUGCGAUCCACGAGAUAUCACACAAUCUGGCUUUCAAGUCGCCACUGGCCAACCGACUCUUCGCCGUAGUUGCCAACCUUCCCAUCGGAAUCCCGUAUUCUGCCUCCUUCCGACCGUAUCACUUGACCCACCACAAGAGCUUGGGAGUGGAUGGUUUGGACACAGAUCUACCUACAGCGCUCGAGGCAUGGUUUUUGGAUUCGGUUGCUGGGAAGGCCUUUUUCGCCACCUUCCAGAUCCUGUUCUACGCUCUGCGCCCAAUGAUGGUCUAUAAACUACCAUUGACCAAGAUUCACGCGUUCAAUGUUGCUGCACAGCUCCUUUUCGACUACUUGAUUGUCCAAUACUUUGGCGGCAAGGCGUUGGGAUACUUCAUCAUGAGCUCUUUCCUGGCGGGGUCACUACAUCCUUGCGCGGGACACUUCAUUGCUGAGCACUACGUGUUCUCGCAGCACAGCCGGAAUCUCGAGGCCAAGUCAUCGGAGGCUGCUAAGCAUGCUCCUCCACCUGAGACGUACUCAUAUUAUGGUAUUCUCAACGUGGUCACCUAUAACGUUGGCCUGCACAACGAACACCACGACUUCCCUGCAAUUCCAUGGACCAGGCUAUGGAAGCUCAACCAGAUUGCGAAUGAGUUCUACAAGGAUUUGCCUUGCCAUUACAGCUGGUCUGGUGUCAUCUGGCAGUUCAUCAUGGACAAAGAGGUCGGUUUGUGGUGUCGAGUCAAGCGUAGAGAAGGAGGUCGAAUGGUCGGCGCAAAUGGCAGCACAAAGAAUGAUAGCCAUGAACAGCCAGUCAGCCUAGUGGCUAGAUGA